GGUUUUGGAAAGGGUCUGUAUCAGGGUGUUACAGGUAUUGUGACAAAGCCGGUUGCUGGAGUUCUAGACUUUGCCUCGGGAAUGUCUAAUGCCGUACGUGAUGCCAGUCGUCGUUCCUCACACAUGCAGCCCAGUCGUGUACGUAACCCUCGGUGCUGUCAUGGUCCUGGCGGUUUGCUGCCACCAUAUUCCCUGUCGCAGGCAGAAUCUCAGGCACUCUUGUAUAGGCUGAAUGAUCACUGCUAUGAGGAAGUGUUUAUUGCAACAGAGUUGGUACGAGGUGGAGCAACUGAUACCCUGCAUGUAAUGAUCACCAGUCAUCAAGUUUUCUUCUUAAGAAUUCUUGAUCAUCAUAAAGAAAACAUCAUCCUUAAUAUCAAACAUGGUGACUACACACAGUGCAGAAACUUUGAAAAAGAGGGCAUUUUUAUGUGGAGUUUUUCAGAAAGGGGGACAAAAGAGCAUCGCCAUGCUAAAAACAAGAAACAAAAUCAGCAGCACAAAAGCCCUGCACAGAAGGUUGCCCAGCAGAUAAACUAUGCCAAGAAUUUAUUUGAUGAGAAGAAGUUGAGUCUGUCUGUUAUCCAGGAUGAGGAUGAGCAAUUUUAG